GCCCCGCUUUAUUGCAUCUCAGAGGCCAAUUCUUUCGCCGCUUCUUCUCUCUUUCCAACGCUUCCCCCUGUGGUGUUCUCGUGUUGCUGGUAACAAUAUGGUUGUUGACGCUUUGAAUGAGGAUUUGAGAAUCAACGGAGCAGUUGAACCGUUGCCUGAGGACUUUGAUGCAACAGCUGUAAUCAUAGAUCCCGUGCCUUUGGCAGUUGUAGACAAUGGCAUUGUCAAGGAGGAGGCGCAGAUCAUUAAAGGAAAAGAGAAAAGAGAAAUAGUACUGGGAAGAAAUAUUCAUACCUCGUGUCUAGAAGUCACAGAGCCCGAGGCAGAUGAUGAGGUCACUGGGGACCGGGAAGCUCAUAUGGCAAGUGUGUUGGCCAGAUACAAAAGAGCUUUGACUGAAAGGACAAAGCAUCAUUUAGGGUACCCCUAUAAUUUGGAUUUCGAUUAUGGUGCGCUCACGCAACUUCAGCACUUUUCCAUAAACAACCUUGGAGAUCCAUUUAUUGAAAGCAACUAUGGUGUCCACUCCCGGCAGUUUGAAGUUGGUGUUUUGGAUUGGUUUGCCCGAUUGUGGGAACUGGAGAAAAAUGAGUACUGGGGCUAUAUAACAAACUGUGGUACAGAAGGCAAUCUCCAUGGCAUCCUAGUUGGGAGAGAGGUCUUUCCAGAUGGGAUUUUGUAUGCUUCACGGGAGUCACAUUAUUCUGUGUUUAAAGCUGCUCGAAUGUACAGAAUGGAAUGUGAGAAGGUUGAUACUCUUUGGUCUGGGGAAAUUGAUUGUGAUGAUUUCAAGGCCAAGCUUCUUAGUCACCAGGAUAAGCCAGCAAUUAUAAAUGUGAACAUAGGUACAACUGUGAAAGGGGCUGUGGAUGAUCUUGAUCUGGUCAUAAAAAAACUUGAAGAAGCUGGAUUUUCGCAUGACAGAUUCUACAUCCAUUGUGAUGGGGCUUUGUUUGGUCUCAUGAUGCCUUUCGUGAAACGAGCUCCAAAAGUUACUUUUAAGAAGCCUGUUGGCAGUGUUAGUGUUUCUGGCCACAAAUUUGUAGGGUGUCCCAUGCCUUGUGGUGUGCAGAUAACAAGAUUGGAAUAUGUAAAUGCUCUUGCCAGGGAUGUGGAAUACCUUGCUUCUAGGGAUGCCACAAUCAUGGGUAGUCGGAAUGGCCAUGCUCCCAUAUUCCUCUGGUAUACCUUGAAUCGGAAAGGAUAUAGAGGUUUUCAGAAAGAAGUACAGAAAUGCUUGCGAAAUGCACACUACUUCAAAGGCCGCCUUGUUGAGGCUGGGAUUGGUGCAAUGCUUAAUGAACUGAGCAGCACGGUUGUGUUUGAGAGGCCACAUGAUGAGGAAUUUAUACGCAAGUGGCAGUUAGCAUGCAAGGGGAAUAUCGCACAUGUGGUGGUGAUGCCAAACAUCACUAUUGAGAAGCUUGAUGAUUUUCUGAACGAGCUUCUGGAGAAGCGUGCUACCUGGUUUCAAGAUGGCAAGGAUCAACCCUACUGUAUAUCAUCAGACGUAGGUGAAAAGAAUUGCCUUUGUGCUUUGCACAAGUAAUUGCAGCAUCCCAUCUAGUGUUUAUUGCUGUAGUUGGUUUUUGGAGUGUUUAUCCAGUGUACGUCACUAUGUUCUAUCAGGACUUUGAUGCAAUUAAUAACAUUUAGAAUCUUCUUUGCUGUCAAUAUUCACUUGCCUUUAUUGUUA